AUGGAUCUCAGCCUGAACGACCUGCGCCACCUUGUCCAAACACAUCCCACCAUCGACAACCAUGCACACAACAUCUUGAGCCGAGCAGAAGUCACAAACUACGCGGUAUAUCCACUGGAGCAUACAACGUCGGAAUGCGUGGGCGCGUCUCUGUCGAGCGUGCGCAAGACGCUCCCACACCACCGGGCAGUCUCCCAGCUGUCGCGACUGUUAGAAUGCGACCCGACCUGGGAUGCUGUCACGGCAGCCCGUGGGAAGAGAGUCCAGGAGGACUAUGAGAGCUACGUGAAGUUAUGUCUCCAGGGCACCGAGAUUCUACUCCUAGAUGAUCUCCUCCUCGACGACGGCAUCGAGCCGUACACAUGGCAUGACCAAUUCAUCCCGGCCAAAACGAAGCGCAUCGUUCGUAUAGAAACAAUCGCCGCAAGAUUACUCCAGAACUACUUCACCCAGCAACCGGAACAACGCGCCAAGCUGGUUGACAACUCACAGGGGAGCGCGGCGUGUCUUCUCCAGCAGGAGCUGUCCGGGUUCAAGAAGGAUUUCCUUGAAGAAAUCCGUAAGUGCGUUCACGACCCCGAUGUCGUCGGGUUCAAAUCAGUCAUUUGCUACCGGACUGGCCUCAAUGUUGACCCGGAUAUCCUGGGCAAGAUUGACGCGGUGGCAUCAUCGUUCCUUCGCAUCAUUACAAAAGGUGGCAGUUUUCGCAUCGAAGACAAAAACUUCAACGACUGGCUGCUGCUGACUACCCUGGGCCUUCUUACGGAGACGAAUCGAGAGACUGGCAUCUCACUGCCUGUGCAAUUCCACACCGGCUACGGAGACUCGGAUAUCAGCCUGAUCCACUCAAACCCAGCGUAUCUUCAACCCACCAUCGAGGCGUAUCCGGACGUCGAUUUUGUGCUCUUGCACUCAUCCUAUCCAUAUACCCGCGAAGCCGGGUAUCUAGCGACCGUCUACCACAACGUAUGGCUGGACCUUGGAGUUGUGUUUCCCAUGGUCAGCCGGAAUGCCCAAGAGUCAAUCUUACGAGAUGCGUUCGAUAUCACGCCGACCAGUAAAUUAUUAUGGAGCACUGAUGGGCACUCCCAUCCCGAAAGCUUUUUGCUAGCUAAUACACAGUUUCGGGCUAUGCUAGAGAAGAUUCUGGUCGAUUACGUCGAGAACGAUGACCUCACUCUGCCCCUUGCUAUUGAGGCAGCGGCCGAUAUUCUCUACAACAACUCCAACAAGCUGUAUUCGCUCAAUCUGCCGCCGAUCUCGAUAGCCAAGAACAGCGAGAAAACGUCGGAACUAUCGCCGAGCAUGACCAAGUACGAAUUGAAUAGACCCUUCCACCAUCCAGUGCUGGAUCAGCUGCUUCAGAACAACUCUGACUCAUUCGUGUGGAUUCAGGUGAUUGAUUACACGGCGACUCUACGGCUACGCAUGAUGCACAUGUCAAACUUUCUCGAGCUGGUAAAAAAAGAACGUAGGCUGGGGCUCUCGAUGGGGACUAUCACCAUGCUUCAGAACGACACACUGACAGACGCCGGUACCGCAACUGGGCAAUAUUACCUUGUUCCCGACAUAGCCUCAUUGCGGCCAAAUAUUGGCAUCGAGUCGUCAAACAGUCUCAGUGUGAUGACCUUUUGGCAGGACAAUGCUGGUAAUGAGAUAGAAGGUUGUCCAAGGUCCACAUUGCGCAGAAUCGUAAAUAAAUGCGAGACCGAGCUUGGCUUGAACCUCAAAUUCGGCUUCGAGAUUGAAAUCGUCUUCGUCAAAGCCGUCGUCAACCCAGCCAACAAUGAGACUGAGGAAGUCCCUGUGACUACAAACCAUGCCUGGUCGUCGAUGACUACGGACACAAUCCAAGUCGUCCCAGUACUUGAAGAAAUCGUCCUUAAACUGAAGCAAGUCGGUAUUCACAUUGAACAAUUCCACGCCGAGUCGUGUCCUGGGCAGUUCGAAUUUGUCCUUCCACCGGAACGCCCCCUCGUGGCUGUAGACACAUUAAUUCAGGCGCGACAGAUCAUCACCAACAUUGCACGACAACACGGUAUACGUGCAACACUAUACCCACGACCCUGGCCCAAUGCUGCUGGAACCGCAUCCCAUGCCCACUUUUCAAUCACACCGACGAACCGUGAAGACGCCUUCCUGGCCGGCAUCAUGCGUCAUUUGGUAUCGGUUUUGGCAUUCUCACUGCCACAGGAAGUAAGCUAUGCUCGUGUCGCUCAGGGCGUUUGGGCUGGAGGUGAAUGGGUUACUUGGGGGACGGAAAAUCGUGAAGCGCCAAUUCGAAAGGUGUCGUCCGGUCAUUGGGAGCUGAAAAGUCUCGAUGGAUUGGCGAAUCCGUAUCUUGCAAUGAGUGCGCUGGUUGCGGCUGGUUACCUUGGAGUGGCCGAGAACCUGGAGCUGACGCAUAAGGAUUGUCAUGAUGAUGCUGCACUCAUGACUCCAGCCCAACGAAAGGAAUUGGGUAUCACGACACCGCUCGCAAAGACACUCGAUCAGUCUCUUCAAGCGCUUCAGGCCGAUAUGCCCUUGCAGAGAAUUCUGGGUACUCGGUUUGUCAAAAACUACUGUUGCCUGAAAGAGGCUGAAAGCAAAUUCCUAGCCAGCAUGCCAGAACGUGUUAGGCGGCAAUGGCUUAUUGAGCGAUACUGA